UUAUCAAUUCAAGUCAGAUAAAUUAAAUUAAAUUAAAUUUUAUAUAAUUUACAUUCGACUACUUCCUCAUCAUCUCCCAACAUUUACAUGGGUAAGAAGUAGGCAGGUGAGGACAGGGAGUCGGCUCUGUUCAGCUCAGCAGCAAGUGGCCGCAAGGGUGACUCGUCGUAUAUAUGAUGGAGAAAUUAAGCGAGGGGGGAGUUGGAAAAUCGCUUUAAGAAAACACGCUUUGACGCUUAUAAUUACUUAGCUUCUUCCUUCUGCUUCUCUACUAAAACCCCUCACACCCUCCUCCACUUUCUCAAUCCCCACACUCCCUAUCUAACUAGCUAGCUUCAUUUUCUACAAAUCUGAUCCAAAGGAGGAAAAAGAGUAACCCCGGCCCCUUCGGCUUCUAAAGGCGCCAGCUUCCGCCAUUAUUGUUGUUGAUCUGUUGCCUGCGUCACGGGAACAACGAGAAAACUUCAUCAAGAAGCUUGCUUUUUGACACCAAAAGUGCCCCGGGGGGAUCGCCCACGCAUUGCGCGCUCAAAGAUUCGAUUUUUAUUAUUAUUAUUAUUAUUUUUGAUCUUUGACGAUGACAAUGGCGACGAAGAUCGGCGAAGGCGGAGGAGCGAGGCGAGGGCGGGACGGGAACAAGGUGCGGCCGGCGUACCUCGGCGUCCGGAUGCGGGCGUGGGGGAAGUGGGUGUCGGAGAUCCGGGAGCCGCGCAAGAAGUCGCGCAUCUGGCUGGGGACGUUCUCGACGCCGGAGAUGGCCGCGCGGGCGCACGACGUCGCCUCCCUCAGCAUCAAGGGCGCCUCCGCGGUGCUCAACUUCCCCGAACUCGCCGCCUCGCUCCCCCGCCCGGCCACCCUCGCUCCCCGCGACGUCCAGGCCGCCGCUGCCAAGGCCGCCGCGAUGGUUCCCCCGCCACCCUCGCCGAAAUCCCCUGAGGACCCGUACACCUCCGACGAGCUCGGCGAGAUUGUGGAGCUGCCGCGGCUCGGCGUCCUCGACUCGGCCGAUGCUGGGGGCGAGUUCGUCUACCACGACCCUUGGUCACCGUGGGCAGAAACCGGUUUCGGAUGCGGGUUCGGGUUCGAAUUCGAAUUCGAGCCGAGUGAGAGUUGGACUCAGUCAGACGGCUGGGACUUGACCGGAUUCGGAACUCUCAUAUGAACCCAUCAAAACUCAUUUCUCAAACUCCGAUAAAACUUGCAAAGGCUUUAUAAUUUUGAUAAUAUAUAUGCCUAAUUAAUCAGGUAUAUUUAUCUACCCCUCUCUCUCUCUCUCUCUCUCUCUCUCUCUCUCUCUCUCUCUCUCUAUAUAUAUAUAUAUAUAUAUAUAUAAUUUAAAUUUAUCUUAUCUUUUUGUGCUUUUUCAAGUUAAAAAUGAACAUGUAUAGUCCUUUCGAAAAUGAUUAAAACAAUAAAAUGUGGUAUGUGAUUGUGUGGAAUAAAAAAAAAUAAUAAGGGCUAGUUUGAGUUGCCCAACUUGAGUUUUCUACUACAUUAUUUUAAGUUCCUCUUGGCAAAAUUUUAUAUUUUUUCCCCAUCAAAAAGCAAAGUUUUGUUAGGAAAAAAUGGAUAAUUAAAGAAAAAUAAUUAAUUUGGUCUUCGCAAUGAAUUUGAUAGAAAAAUAAUAAAAAAUUGAAGAAAACUAUGGACUGAAAUGUGCCAACAAUGCUAGCUAAAUUUAAUAAAAACAGUCUCCUAUUUCAUCUCUCACAUUCUUUUUUGUUUUCUCUUUGAAUAAAAUUGGUUUUUCCUUGUAAAACAAUUAGCACCACCUACACCUAAAUAUAAAAUAUUAUAUUUCUCUUUGAAAGAUCACUGUAUUAUAUAUUCCUUUUAGACUAAACCCCAUUUGGAGCCUUGUGUUCUGUUGCAAGUCUAUAAACAAAAUAUAAUUCACACAGAAAAAUAAUAUAUAGUUUGCUUGACUUUUUGUUUUUUAUUUAAAAAAAUAGAUUUUCUUCUCAUUCUUUAUUAAACAUGACUUUGCUUAAUUCUUGAUUUAGUGUCCAAUCCAUUUUAAAAACAUCAAUUAUAUCAUUGAGAUGGCAUGGCUCUUUUAAAUAUUUUAUGAAAAUUAUUUCAAAGUCAAACACACUACUAUGGGAACAGUGGGAAUGUUUGUCUAUUUAUAUGUGACCUUGAUAUAAUUUGGAGAAUAAAUUAAUGUGGCAAUUUGCAAGGGUUAUGAGUGUUGGGUUGUGUUUUUUUGGCCCCUUUCCAGCUAGUUGUUUGACAAAUAGCAUCAUCAAUGAAUGGAUUUAGAUUUGAAUAUUAAUGUUUUACAAUAUAGAAAGUAAACAAAAUGAGCCACAUUUGUGUAGAAAUAAAAUUAAAAUGUCGAUAUCUUUGACAAAGGAAAAAGAAUAUCUAUUGACGACAAAAUGAUCUAUAUUUAUUGAUAUUUUAGAGAUAUAGGUUUGUUAUUUAUCAAUUGUUUAAUUAGGAUCUACUUUUUGUUAA